AUGAAUUACCUUCUUCCUGCUCUUUUCAGUGUUGCAUCUAUUGCAGCUGGUUACAUGUACAAAACCUAUCAAACAGAUAAUCAAACUAAACAAGAAGAAACCAAACGUAAACCUGAAUGGUCCGUAUCCAUUUCAAAAGUUUAUGAUUCCCUUGCAAUGGUUGAGUUUCAUCUCUCAGGAAACUUGGGUCAGGUUCCUUAUCAUGUUGCACUAUUCACCAAGAAUAAUACGAAAAUAUUGGAAGCUUUCAAUUCGAAUAUUCUCUUCCUUUCUUCCAACGACAAGUCAAAAUUUAAGGAAGAAAUUUAUGCGACCAUCAAGGAUCAACAAGGAGUUGAAUUCAAAACCAAGCUUUACUCCUUAGAAAUCGAAAAGAAUAUUCCACUUUCGUCCAGAAUUAAAACCCUUCAGCAAUCAUUCCUAAAUUUACUAAAGGUUGAAGAAACUUUCAAAUUUUUAACUUGUGGAGGUUGUGGUGAAGGAAAGUCAACUCUCCUCAAAGCAAUUGUUGAUUUACUUGAACAAAAUUUGGGUUUCGUCUUGACAGAAGGAAAGAGAGAAAUGAUUAAAUGUUACAAAUCUGAACAAACUGUCACUACACAAAUUUUCAAUUUGAAGCUUUCAAAGGAAAUUGAUGGAAAGCACGUAGAAAUUGAGAUUAUUGAUUGUCCUGGAUUUUGGAAUCAAUUGAGAGAACCUUUGAAAUCAGAUAUUGAACCGGCAAAGAAAAUUCUCGGAAGAAUCUUUAAAGGAAAAGUCAGAAGUGGUAUGGACAACAAUGAAGUAUUUAUUUCAAAUCCUAAUCCAAUUUCCAAACCAAACAUUAUUCUGUAUUGUGCUAGUCAUGACAAGAUAACUACCUCACCUCCUGCACGAAACUUAUUCUCAGAGUUGAAUGAAUACUCAUGGAAGAAAGGCGUCCCAACUGUUUUGGUAGCAACAGCUCUCGAUAAUUCUUCCUCUUUCCUAAAUAAGGAAAGAACAUUGAAAGAUUUCAAGAGUUUUGUUUUUGAUGGUCAUGUAUUCGAAGAAAUUGAUCAAAGAGAAACAGAUGUCUUGUUUGGCAAUUAUUCCAAACCUAUCAAAUCAGUUGAAAAGAUGGAUGUUAGCUUACUUCCCAUUGUAAAUUAUUGUGAAAAUAAUCUUGCCUUUAUUGAUCAAGUUCCUUCAAGAAAAGAACUCUCCGAUUUCCUAUUGUAUCAAUUAUUGGUUUUUAUGAUUAAAAGUAAGAGAUUUUCAGUUUAA